AACCUCGACGUGGACUCGCUACUGAAAUAACGCUUCUAUUUUUUUUUAAAUCUACUUGACAAUAAUGGAAACGUUGAAAAUGUAAUAUUUUCUAAAAAAAUCGUUCUUUGCUAGUAUGUUUUUGGCAACCGUAUCCUAUUCUAUAUAUAUUUAGAUACCUGAAUUGUUCUCAAAGUUGUAAAUAAGGUAGUGAGACCCUCAUUGAAAACCAAAAUUUACUCUUUCACGCGACAGUCAGUGGUUAGUAAGUGUGGGGUGCCCAAAUUUUAUGGAUUUCUCCUACCAAUUAUAUUUAGUGAACCAUGACAACGGAAAAAUCCAACAGUAUUCCAUGUAUAGAAUUCAGCUCUCGGGUCAAUUUGCCAAACAAUGAUCAACUUUGUACGAUCGAUGUGAUGAAAAAAGAAUAUGAGCCGUACGCUAAUAGAAAGUUACAACAUCCGAAUACAUAUUUUGGUGCGGUUGUGCAUAUAAUUAAGGGCUCAUUAGGAAUAGGAAUAUUUUCAGUACCUAGAGCCUUUAAAACAGCAGGUCUUCUGGUGGGAACUAUAGGGACAUUAUUUGUAGGAAUAUUGUGUACAUACAACGUGCAUUUAUUAGUUCGAGCAUCCCACAUUAUAUGCACAAGGACAAAAACACCUAGUUUAGGAUUUUCAGAAACAAUUGAAGCAGUUUUUCAGAACGGACCAAGAUGGAUCCAACCGUGGGCGUCGUGUGCAAAAUUUUUUGUGGAAAUAGCCCUCAGUCUCACGUAUUACCUGUCAGCAGCAGUAUACGUUGUAUUAAUCUCUGAAUCGUUAACAAAAUUGGUAUCAUUCUAUUACCCACCUGCAGUAGAUUGGGGACUUUAUUUCAAAAUAGCAGCGUUCUGCGUUCUCCUUUGUUUAUGUCAAAUCAGAGAAUUGAACCAUUUGGUACCACUGUCCCUAAUAGCCAAUGUUACUAUUGUCACCGCAUUCGGCAUCACCUUGUACUACAUAGCACUAAAAAUACAAACAGUUGAUGUGAAAGAUAGAGACUUAUUCACAAAUGUUGGAAGUCUUCCCACUUUUUUCAGUACGGUGUUAUUCUCUAUUGAAGGAAUAGGAACAAUAAUGCCCGUGGAAAAUUCGAUGUUAGAGCCGAGAUUCGUUGGGACUGUAGGUGUUUUAAAUGUCGCUAUGUUCUGCGUUGUAACUAUUUACACAGCCAUGGGAUUUUUUGGAUAUUUUGCUUUUGGAGAAGAAACUCAUGCCGCCAUUACACAAAACUUACCAAAUGAAGAAUGGCCAGCUCAAGUGGUACAAGCCUGCAUAUCAAUCACAAUGAUCUUAAGUUUUACUUUGAUCUUUUAUGUACCAACUGAGAUUGUUUGGAAGAAAAUUGAAUUGCAUGUGAAACAUAAAAAGCAGAACAUUUUUCAGGUCAUUAUGAGAGUGGUGACCCUUACUCUAAUUAUUAGUAUAGCUGCAGCAGCAGGAAGUAGUAUGAACAUUCUCAUUGAUCUAACCGGAGCCAUUUUCUUCUCAAUAUUGGGAAUAUUCAUUCCCGCCGUUGUCGAUAUUGUAAUCAACUGGAAUGAUUGGGGUACACUGAACUGGAGUCUUUGGAAGAAUCUAUUAUUGUGUGUUGCAUUUGUAGCUGCAAUUACCUCGGGAACGUACAGCGCUAUAAGAAAUAUAAUUUGAUAAAUUUUAUUUAUUUGAAA